AUGUUCGGAGAGACACUAUCAGUACUUCUAUCAUUUACAACAUUAGGUAUGAUUAUUGCUGCCAAAGUAGAUAUAAACUCACUAGACUUGGAUUCGUCUCCCAGAGCCUUUUAUGACCUCAAGCAUAGCAACUCAUCUCCAUUAAUCCCAAUCCAAAUCCUCGUAGUAAUAGCUGAUUGUAUUUUAUUUACCUUAGCUCUGCGGACUUAUUUAAAGCGUAAGUCACCUUUAGCUUUGAGUAUGGAAAAUUCCCCCUUUUCCAAUUACUGUGUUAAUCAGUCCUUUAUAUUUCUAACGAAAGGGGUAGGUCUGAUGCUUUUAAUGAUUUUUGUGAUUAUCUGUCUGCUGGACCUUGAAAAUGUCAGUGAAUUGUACUCAUAUGAUAUAAGCUACCAAAGAAUAGAGAGUGAGAUCAGUGAUUUAGCUACUUUGCUAGAAGUUCAUUUCAUAUUAAGUUUUUUCAUGUAUACAAUUAUGCUUAUUUUAUGCGGCACAGGAUGCUUUAAUGCAGGCCAAAGAGCAUCUAAAGUGGUUGAUGCAUUAUAA